AACAGGAAGUGAGUGGGACAAGUAGUUCACUGCUCUGCUGUCUUUCGUAGAUUAUUUAAUCGAAACGAAAACGGGCUGGCACCUUCAGUGAAAUUCAUUCAGUGACUUGCUCUAAUUUAAGGAGACAGAAUGACCAUGCCCGAAUGAAGGCUGCUAUAGCGAUAAGGAGCAGUUCUCCAGUCUAGGUCAUCUCCAGUUGUUAUGAAUCCCAGCACCUCCUUAGCUCACUGUGAGGGCCAGUCCCCUGUAGACGACCAAAUGGACGACUGGCUCUUCCUCUCCACUGAAUCUGCUGGCCCUCAGGUCCUGGCAGUGAGCAGGGAAGACCGGGACACAGAGGAGCGAGGCAAACUCAAAUCCAAGUUGGUCUCGGCAUGGAACAGUGUCAAAUAUGCUUCAGGCUGGCCCUUGAUGCAGAAAUCCAAAUUCAGCAAGAGUUCUCCUGUGAUCAUGCUUGGACGGUCCUAUGAGUUCAAGGAUAAAGAGGAGAGAGACUGUUUCCGUCGCUCCUUUGCAUCUCUCCUGUGGUUGACGUACAGACGAGGUUUUCAUCAGCUGGCGGGCUCCUCUCUGACCACCGACAGCGGCUGGAGUUGUGUUUUACGCACGGGGCAGAUGCUGCUGGCACAAGGCCUGCUCCUACACCUGAUGCCACCAGGAGGUUGGACUUGGUCUGUGAGCCACCAUGCGGUCAAAGAUGACAUGGACCUGCUGGUGAAUCGUUCCGCAGACGGUGGACAGCGUGAAGGGCCCAAAACGAGGUGUCGAAGGCUGAGCUUGGAUUCCUGCUUGGACAGACCCAUGGAGGCUAAACACAGAAUGGUGGUAUCGUGGUUUGCAGACCAUCCUACAGCGCCUUUCGGGAUACACCAGCUGGUAGAGUUGGGCAAAAGCUCAGGGAAGAAGGCCGGGGACUGGUACGGACCUUCCAUUGUGGCACAUAUCCUCCGGAAAGCUGUGGCAGCAUCUGCAGACCUUCCCAAUCUAGUCAUAUAUGUUGCACAAGACUGCACCGUCUACUUGGAGGAUGUGACAAAGUUGUGUGAGCGGCCUCUCCCGCAGUCCUGGAAGUCUGUCAUCAUCCUGGUUCCUGUUCGGCUUGGAGGACAAGAUCUCAAUCCCUCCUACAUCACCUGUGUCAAAAAACUCUUGACAUUACAAUGCUGCAUUGGAAUCAUUGGGGGGAAACCAAAGCACUCUUUGUUCUUCGUCGGCUUCCAGGAUGACCAUCUGCUGUACUUGGACCCUCACUACUGUCAGCCCACAGUGGAUAUAACAAAGGAGAACUUUCCCUUAGAGUCGUUUCACUGUAAAAAUCCCAGGAAAAUGGCUUUCUCUCGCAUGGACCCCAGCUGUACCAUAGGAUUCUAUGCUAAGGACCAAAAGGACUUCAAAUCACUGUGCACAGUUGUUAAUGAGACUCUCUCCACAUCUGCAGAGACAUACCCCAUGUUUAUAUUUGCAGAAGGAAAAGGUCAGGAGGAGGAGUCGGCAAGCAAUACACCCACAAACAAUGUCACCUACAUCCAGAGGAAGAACGAACGGAGAGGAACCGACACUAGCAUGGACGAGUUUGUUCUGUUAUGAACAUAAGAAGAUAAACUCUUCCCUCAAGGCUGUACAGUGAUCAAUGAUGUGACAGUUAAGCUGUGUAUCGACUACUGAGCGUAAGAACAAAGUCCUCAACAUCCACUAGCAGCAAGCUCAAGGGACUCCCUAAAGGUUUUGUAAAAUGUUCAGGUAAUAUUUUUUUAUUGCGGUUUUGUGCUCAUUUGUGUUUUUAUUUAUUGUUUUAAGAGGAGAACAUUUAGAUAUUAUUCAAAUUGAAGGGUGAAGGAUGGUUUCUGUUUUGCCAUCUCAGCCUUUUUGUGUUCUUGAAAACUUAAUUUAUUCAAAAGAAUAGAAAUAGAAUAAAUGAUAAUGAUUUCCUUCCAGGGACAAACUUAAGGCAGGUAUUACUUUGAGAAACACUCUCUCACUGUUUCAUGUCAUGUGACAGGAUGUGCUGCCUUUGAAUGGAUUAGAACAUUGGAUUCCUGUGAACAUGUGACUCACAUGAGAAACACAGAAAGAACAUGGCUUUACUGGAGAAGAAGUUAAAUGUUGUGAAUGUACUCUUGCAGGAAAAGGACAAUUUACUGAAAAUAUUAUUAUUAGCGGGAUCGUUUUAUGCUGUCUUUUAUCUGAAUAAAAACAAUGUAAAGACAAAAA